AUGGCGACGACGUUGACGUACAAAGCUGCUGGUCAUGCGGUGUCUGAUUCCGGUUUUGAAAGUCUGGAAAUUCCAAUGGAGCUGACAGUAAAAUUCCUCAAUGGGAAAACAUACCUCUUGGAUGUGAAUCCCUCCAUUACUGUGAAGCAGCUAAAGCAGCAAAUAGAGAGCCGAUCUGGAUGUCCAGCACAACAUAUGAAUCUAGCAGUUCAGAAUGGAUCGACAAAUACUUUGGAAAAAGAGGACUGGAGACUUGAUCAAUAUGGGUUGAAACCUGGGACUAUUGUGACAGUGAUCAUCACCGAACCAAAGCCCAUGCAGGUGUUUCUGAAGAAUGACAAAAGUCAAACGAGAACCUACGAGAUACAACCUGGUGAAACUGUCACACAGUUCAAGCAAAAAGUCUAUCAGGGUGAAAAGGUUCCUACUAACCAGAUGGUACUUAUAUAUGAAGCAAAGCAGCUGGAGGAUGGCAGAAAAAUGGAUGACUACAACAUUCAAGCCAAUACGACCAUUAAUCUCCUACUACGCCUCCGCGGAGGAUAA